UGAUGAUGAUGAUGAUGAUGAUGAUGAUGAUGAUGAUGAUGAUGAUGAUGAUGAUGAUGAUGAUGAUGAUGCUGAUGAUGAUGAUGAUGAUGAUGAUGAUGAUGAUGAUGAUGAUGAUGAUGAUGAUGAUGAUGAUGAUGAACGACACGGUUCGAGUACAAAAAAGGAAAACUUAUUAGUUUUGUCAAUUGUUCU